GGCUUCCCAAUUUAAGGCAAACAUGGCGGAAACAAUAGACCAGGCGACGCUAACCGGCGAAUAUCUUCCCAAGGAAAGAAAAAAGUUAACCCCCGAGGAAGAAGCCAAGCUAGAAAGGCAACAUUUUUGGAGGAUAAUCGACGCCUUUAGGUUUUACAGGGUUCAUGUACAAGAGCAUGUCAAUCGAGCCGAGCGUCAUUUUCGUAGUCUACCUCAGCGUCACCAGAAUUUAUUGCCGUCUGUCCUGACCAACCUGGUCCGCAUCCGUCAAUGUGCAGACCACAACCAUGAAGUCCUACAGGCCAUUGUCGAGCACAGCAUUCACAUGUUUGAGAACAUUGAGUAUGGGGAACGGGAGGAUCAGAGGAAGGUGUGCCCAUCCUCAACAUUUGACAUGGACAAACUCAAGUCUACCAUAAAGCAGUUUGUCCGAGACUGGAGCGAGGCGGGUCAGGGGGAGCGGGACUCCUGUUAUCAACCCAUCAUCCAGGAGAUCCAACGACACUUCCCAAGUGAUCUAUAUGAUGUAUCUAAGGUCAGCGUGCUGGUCCCGGGGGCUGGACUUGGUCGUCUAGCCUGGGAAAUUGCUCGUUUGGGCUACAUUUGCCAGGGCAAUGAAUGGAGCUUCUUUAUGCUUUUCGCUUCCAACUUUGUUCUUAAUAGGUGUGAAAACGUGAAUUGUCUGACACUGUACCCCUGGAUUCACCAGUUUAGCAACAAUAAGAAGUCUUCCGACCAGACACGGCUUAUCAGAUUUCCCGAUGUCAAUCCGCAGAGUUUACCGCAAGAUUCAGACUUCUCCAUGGUAGCAGGGGACUUCCUGGAAGUCUAUUCCGAUGCAGAUUCUUGGGACUGUGUGGCGACGUGUUUUUUUAUCGACACGGCUCAUAACGUCAUACAGUAUGUGGAAACCAUCUGGAAGAUUCUUAAACCCGGAGGAGUGUGGAUCAAUCUGGGUCCGCUGUUGUACCAUUUUGAGAACAUGGCCAGUGAGCUCUCAGUGGAACUCAGCUAUGAAGACAUCAGGGCAGCUAUGGUGAAAUUAGGCUUCCACAUAGUGGUGGAGAAUGAGUCUCUACAUACCACCUACACAGAGAACGAGCGUUCCAUGUUGCGAUACAUUUACGACUGCGUCCUCUUUGUGGCACGGAAACCGGAAAAUCUGUACUCUAACUGUCAGGCAGAGGAUGAUCCACGGAAUUCACCGCCAGCUGCCAAAUCGCCACGACAAGAUAACUCAAAGUCUCAUACGUGAGUGGAAUUUUUUUAGCCAAGGACGGUAAACUUUGAUUCACUUGAAAAGAAAAGAAUGACCGAGGAAGGAUGGAAACUGACCCCAAUUAUCUUUUUGUUACAUUGUGUUUCUAAGAUGCCAAAAAUGUAAUCAACUCAGGAGGGGGAGACACUUAGCAGAAACUAAGGAUGAUUUCAUAUUUAAGACAAUUUGUGAUUUGGACAUUGCAUUAACA